AGGGUCACGCGGAAAGGGCUGGGGUCGAGCCCGGGCGGGACACCGCGAUCGCGGGCUCGGAGGGCGGAGGGCUCCUGCGGCUGGAGCGGUGUCCGUUAGCUCCGCACACUUGUCGCCGCUGCUCCCGAGAGAUCCGCCCUCCCUAUCACCUCUGCUUACAGCGCGGGAAACUGAGGCUCGCGGCCGAGGCAGGGGCAGGACGACCCCAGUUUUACCGACACGCUGGGCACGUGGUCAUCGUCUUCCUAGCAGAUGCGUUGUGAGGCCUCAGGUGGCCCCGGCGCCUGGGAGCCUCGGCCCAGGGUCCCCGGGCUGAUUGGGUGCAAGAUUGCCUGGCAGAGAUCAUGUAGGGCUCAUGGUGCGCCCGGGGUCCUGCCAUGCCUGCGCGUGCAGCAGGAAACCUGCACAGCGGGCCGCUGCUGGUAACCCAGUGGGAUGAGAAAAAAGGUCUUUGGAGAGACGCUGCCACGUGCCAGGACCGAGCUCAGAGCCAGAGGGAGAAAGAAGAGUGAAACCCAGGCUGACCUGACCCGCAGCUACAGCAGGGUCGGGCAUGUCACACAUUAAUAUAUGUCGCCUCUUAUUAUUCUGACCAUUUCCUCUGUUUUCAUAACGUUCCAAGGGCAGGGACGUGCCCUUUUAUUCUCUGCCUCCCCUCCCAAUUAGCCCAUUGCUUUCUAAACGGGAGUCACUCAGAUGUUUGUGAUGAAUUGACUCUCCAGGGCCGGCCCCAAUGUCUGCAUUUCUUGUGUUCCACGCAGUCCGUAUCCUGUUAGGGAUAUUGUAGGGCUUCUGGGUUGUUAGCGAAAGUGAUAAUGUAAUAGCCUUACGAUAGUUGUGUCAAAAUUUGGGAUUAUAUUGAGUUUACUCUGUUGUUGGACUUCAAUGAUUUGUCAUGGGUGUAGGACUUACCACUAACCCUGAUUUUAUGAUGGAUCGAUCAGAAGGCCUAGAUUCUGUCUGGCCUGUAGAGAGUGGAGGGUGCAUGAAGCAGGCAUGGGAGAGUCCCUAGGGUGCACACGCCGUGGAAUUCCUUGCAACUGUUUAAUCAGGCACCCUUGUUAUGAUAGGUAUUUCCAAACAGGACAUUCGGGAGCAGAUCUGGGACUACAUGGAAUCACAAAAUAUAGCUGACUUUCCCCGGCCUGUCCAUCAUAGGAUUCCCAACUUCAAGGGCGCUGCUCGGGCCGCUGAGCACUUCCCACGCUUGCAGGCGUUCAAAAUGGCCAGGACCAUUAAAGUCAACCCUGAUGCUCCCCAGAAAAACGCUCGCUUCUUCGUCCUCGACAGCAAAAAAACAUUGUUGGUUCCAACACCAAGACUGAGAACAGGGUUAUUUAAUAGGAUCACACCACCCCCUGGGGCAACUAAAGACAUCCUGAGAAAAUGUGCCACCUCGCAGGGCGUGAGGGACUACAGUGUUCCCGUGGGCUUGGACGCCAAGGUCCUCGUGGACUUAGUGGUGGUGGGCUCCGUGGCCGUUUCUGAAAAAGGCUGGAGAAUUGGGAAGGGAGAAGGUUAUGCUGACCUUGAAUAUGCCAUGAUGGCGUCGAUGGGAGCAGUCAGCCAGGGGACGCCAGUGGUCACCAUCGUCCACGACUGCCAGGUCGUCGACAUACCUGAAGCGCUCCUCGAGGAUCACGACCUCACUGUGGACUACAUUCUCACUCCAACCAGAGUCAUCACCACGGGGUGUGAGCGCCCAAAGCCAACAGGAAUCACAUGGUCUAAGGUCAGCUGUGCGAUGAUGGGAAGAAUCCCAGUACUCAGAAGCCUUCGCUCCCGAGAGAAGCAGGCCGGGAGAGACGUCACGCUUCAGGAUGAGCGCCCACCCCUAGAAGCCCGCAGCCAGCACGCAGCUCCGCCAGGCGCUGUAAGAAGACCCGGGGACCCAGCCCCGCCGGAGGCAAGUUCCCCGCGGGGGGAGGAUGUGCCUUCCGACACUGUUUACGUGGGGAACCUCCCCCGGGACACGCGAGUGAGUGAGCUGAAGAGAGCCCUCCGCGAGCGGGGCGCAGCCCCACUGCGGCUCACCUGGCAGGGCCCACAGCACAGGGCCUUCCUCCAUUUCCAGGACCCAGCCGCUGCCCAGCAGGCCCUCUCCUGCUUACAGGGCUUACAUCUGGGUGCCAACACCCUGAAGGUGGCGCUGGCCCGGCAGCAGAGGGCCAGUGACCUGGCAGGUGGCCAUGCUAGAGAGCCGCACCCAGACCAUUGACCGUCAGUGACAACCUGACCUCCAGAGGCCUGCAUGGUAGGAUGCGGCCCAACUGCUGCUACACGAGCUGCUUUGACCUGGUUCGUUCUUUCUAGGAAGUCACAGCCGCAGGCCCUGCCUCCCGGUGAUCUUCUGACGAGGAGGGAAGUUGACCAGUACACUUCCUACUCUCGGGAGGCUGAGCGCCCCAUGGAUUCAGUUCUGUUUAUCAUGGUCCUCGGCCCACUGGAUGGCAUAGCCAUGCUGGUUCUCUGGGGAGACCGCCGUUGGAGGGUUUAGGGGACCAAUGAGCAAUAAGCGAGUGGGAGUAAGUGGUGACAGUGGAUUAGAAGAGUCUGAGGCCCCGGCAGGACCAGACGCAGGAGCACCGUGGGGCAGACCAGGACGCGCUCGUGCCCCAGGACCCUGCGCGGCACUGCUGGAGGGAAAGCUGCAUUCACAUCGCAGAAGCCAGGCACCUCCGCCUCCUGGGCACAAGCCGCUUGUCUCAGCUCAGUCCUGGUGUCGGAAAUGGAGAGCUGGUGCGACAUGGACCGUUGGUGGAGCGGUCUCCCCUCUGUCCUCGCCUUACCUUUCCAGCCCUCCUCCUCCCCCUGGGCUUCGCUCUGCGCUCGGCCAGCGGCCCCGCACACAGCAGGAAGCGCUGGCUCGUAGGAGACAGUGGUUUUAGGGACUGAGUCAUGCAGGCCUGUAUCACAGGCAGAGUCCGCAAGCGCUCUCGCACUCCCAUUUGCCCAAUGCCUAUGUUCUCCGAGUUUCUUCCUCUAGUUCCUUGUUCCUAAAAAACAAGCUGGAUUUUGGCUGAACUAUGCUUUCUAAACAGAAGCACUUUUGCAAUUGAUCCUGGGCACAACGUCAAAAUAAGCAUUUAAGUGGAGGUUUUAUUUUUCCAAAUGUACACGCAUUGGAAAUUUUAUUUUUUCACCAGGGGGCCUUACUGUGUAUUUUAAGUACAUUAUUAUGCCUCAAGAGGCCAGGCCUUGCACGAACUUUCAAGAAAAUAUUCUUAAGGUACUCAGUCUCCCUUGGAAAAAACAUUUCCUUUUUGGUUUUACAAUGAAAAUACUGUGGAGACUUCGGAAAGAAAAUCUAUCCAAAUAGACAGAUAUUUCUCUAAGAAAAUCUAUCCAAAUAGAUAUUUCUCUAAGGAAAUCUAUCCAAAUAGGUAUUUCUCUAGCAAAAUGGGACUAUUUAGGAACAACAAAGAAUUGUAAUUCGGGACAAAGGGUCUAAUGGCAAACCAUGUGAAAGCCUUGAGAAACAAAGGAGAGGAAUGCUCUUUUGUGGACUUGGGAGGAGCUGUUGUAAACGAAGAGCCCAUUGGAGGAAACUGAAAGAUGGAAGUGUCGUGACUUUUCAUUGGCUGAGCUGUCACUAGGCCAGACGGAAUCCUUCUUCCUCCUGCUGAGGCAGCAAGUAGAAUCAUGCCAUGGGAGAUGCGGGGUGGUCCCUCCUGUUGGGGUCAGUAGUGUGCAUAGAGUGGCAUGUUCCAGCUUCUGGACUCCACUUUCAACGAGGUUUCACCAUCCUUAGAUUUGUUCAUUAAAUGCAGACUCCUUUUCCAAGCUGUCGUGAACAAAAUGAGAGUAGACAAAUACCUUAAAACGGACCAGGACCUUCCCUGCCUUGGGACCUCUGGGCUUCCUCUCUCUUGGCCUGAACUGUCGUCCCUCGUCUGCAGGGCUGGUUUUGUUUUGUCACUAGGCGCUCAGCAGGGAUGUCAGAGGUCGACUCUGGCCACCCAACCCAGAGUAGCGAGCUGAUCAUCCUAACUCCUCACUGUUUCCUUUUGUUUAGUUUUUCUUUUUUCCCAGAAUACCUCUUGUAUUUGGCAUGUUCUUGUUUGGUUUUUGUUGACGUUUUCACUGUUGACUAGCACUCCAGAGCAGGAAAUGUGUCACUGCCGAUCUUCUUCAUUCCUGCUGUGCCCCAGCUGCGAACAAGUCCUGGCACAUACAUAACAGCUCGGGAAACUAACAUGUGGAUGGAUUCACCUAAGCCAGAGAGGGAAAGGAGAGCAUGAUGAUACCGCCCGACGCCCUGUGUCCAGUUGUGCAUACGCCAGCCUGCCGUGAACGGCGUUACACCCAUCAAUAGUGGUCCCUCUUGGUUAAGCCAGGUUGCUUGGGUAUUCUGUCACUCACAGCCAGAAUAAUCCAGAUGAAUGAUACACAGAUCUGAAUGAGUUUCAUCAUGUUAUAUUUGUGGGAAAGUAGUAUAAGGAAAACUAAAGACAACGUGCCUGAAAUAUAAGUCCCCCCAACGUAGCAGCCUGGGCCCACCUUUUACCCCCUGUCCUGCCUCGGGCAGGCCGGGACAGGCUUCCUCAGAGCCGCCAGGAAGAUUGCAGGACAAGUGCUGAGGGACCCAGCUUUUUGUUCCCAAGACUCAAGUACUUGUCGGAAUCAUAAUUGUAUAAUUUACAUGAUGAUAAUGAGGUUGAAGAAUGGAAAAUGACCACUUGACAACAUGCUGAGAAAUAUAGACAUACGGGCUGCUGUCGAUGUGUGAGUCCCGUCCUGUAUUUUCCUAAAUGGUGGUGAGCUCUGCCACUGGUUUGCCUCGUGCCAAAUCUGCAGCUGCACAGUUUCCAGAAACACAGUGAGUGCUGGCCUCUGGGAGCCCAGAAGCGCAGGUUCCACUGUGGUCUCUGCUCGGUUCCUGUGCUGCGUGCUAGUCACGUGGCUUAUGCGUGUUUCCGCUGCUUCAUCUUUAGGACAAACCCUUUGGCGUCUGUAACACCUGACCAGUUCUCACAGUCUGUUUCUUUGGAGCUUCACUGGUCUCCAUCACUUAGAUUUUUUCCUGUUUAUAAAAGUAAACAUAGCCAUUGUGGGAAUUUUGGAAUAUCAGAAGUAUAAAGGGGUGUCGCCCAUCACCCCACCAUUUAAGCAGCCUUGAUUGAUACCACCUUUUAUUUAUUUUCAGUCUUUCUUCUCUGCAGUUUUAAAACAGCUAGGCUUAGCAAUGUGAGCUUCAGAAACAAACAUUUGGUGGGGGCAUUAGUUUUGCCAGCGUUAGGUAUGCUGUGCCACGGCAGUCACUUCGCUCCGCACUCUAUUUGCUCAUCUACAGAUGGUCUUAGAUCUGUGAAGGCUAGAUGAGAUAAUGCCUCAAAAAUGUGUGGUCUGCAUGUGGCAAGUGCUCAUGAUUGUGUACUUUUGUGGGGGGUCAUAUGGCUCAGCCAGCCAGAGACCCCCUCGAUCACCUCUCAGACUGGGAAGAGCAGCUCCAAUGGGGCAGAACUCAGGACUAACCUGAGGUCCUGUCUCAUGUCCUUGCAUUGUGAGCAAGAGUCUGAGGCGGCAGCAGCAGGCCCGGGCCUGAGGGGUAUCAGGGAUGGUAGCGAUGGCCAUUUCCCAGGUGACAAAAGUUGUCACGGAUGCUAAGACCUGGUGGAUGUGGGCAGGGGUGACCACAGCACUGAGCUUGCUGGAGGGCAUGUUUAUGAAGAUGUGAAGCAGCCAUUUCUGCUCCAGAGGGGCCCCUGGCUAUGGAGUUUACUCCAGACAGAAGAAGGCACGCACCACCUAUGUUCCCCUGCCCGGUAAGCCACGGCCGGCUCCUCCCAGCCCUCAGAUGGCUGGGCCAUUGAACUGGAACAAUCCCUUCCGUUGAGAUCUGGGAGAAAGUGUGACGAUUCACAGGUAGAAAAGCAGCAUCUACGGAGAACCCACUGGCCAGUUUCUAGGAAAUACACAGUCUGAAUACAGUUGAAUAAAGAGAAAACAGAUCAACAUGGGUGGGGCCUUUCAGAGACUCUCAAAGUGAAAGGGUCUGACACAUGAGACGUGAAGGAAGAGCAUUUAUGAAAAAAAUUGGCUCCAGGCAACAAGUGGAUUUCAGGCAACACCUGCUCUGUACUGAGAAGUCUGAGAGAACAGUUUCCACUUUUCUAUGAAAAAAUCGUGUCAGUGUUUUACCUUCUCUGUGCUGAUCUCGAAGUACACAGGAAAUCCUGAGCUCUGAUAUCAAAGACCCUGUGGGCUAGAUCACUAUCAGAGGACAGCUUGCUGAAAGUAGGCAGAAAGGGAAAGCGUUGAGCAGGAUAGGUAAAGAUGUUUUUUAAAAAUAAAAAUGUGUGAUUCUACAUUUAUAUUCAACAUGGUGUGGAGGAGAGAAGACAGCAAGAAGGUGAGAAAACUGGAGAAGAGACAGUGGCAAAGCCGCAGCUGACACAGGGAGGGCAAGACAAGCCAACAUUCAUAACAUGGAGAGCCCUGGCCGGUUUGGCUCAAUGGAUAGAGCGUUGGCCCGAGAUCUGAAGGGUCCGGGUUCGAUUCUGAUCAAAGGCACGUGCCUUGGUUGCAGGGUCGAUCCCUGCCCUGGUCAGGGUGUGUGUAGGAGGCAACCAAUUGGUGUGUCACUCUUUCUGUCUCUCCCACUCUCAAAAUCAAUGGAAAAAUAUCCUUGGGUAAGGAUUAACAAAAAACAGGGGGGCGGGGGUUCCUCUCAGCUGCAGAAGGCAGUGUCAGUGCACAGACCUCCACAACCAAUGUGUGUGUGUGUGUGUGUGUGUGUAAAUAUCCCGUGACAGGAUUCCUGCUUGGAGAGAGGAGGAUGCCAGCACUGCUCCCUGGGCCCUUCUCUACAGAUCUGAACAGACAAUAAGGAACCUGCAAUCAUUGAGGAAAACCAGCAUCUUGAAACAGUAUCUCUCCCUUGUGGAGAUGGCAGUACAGGAAUCAGAAGGUGAUUAGAAGGCUAUCAUAGCCAUUACAAAGAGAAUAAACUGGUAAGGAAAAAAAGCAAUUCUUAGAAGUUAAAAACACCAUAAAAUAAAAAGUAGUCACACUGCAGGCAGAAUAGACGCAGAUACACUUAGUUGGGAGAUGAGCCACAUGAUUCUUCCUGGAACUAGCACAAAGACGAUAGAGGUGAAAAGUAUGAAGUGAUGGGGAAAGUAGACAAAACUUACUUCAGCUAAAGAGGAUUUUUAUUUCAUGUUGAACAGUCCUCAAAAUCCAAAACGGGAAGCAUAUACAUCAGCAACCUUCCCAUAUAGUAUUAGUAACGUACCGAAAAUUUUGUUUUUUAUGCAGUAGCAACCAAAACGAAUAACUUGGGGGUACACGUAAUGUACAGUCCAGGGUUCACAUGGCUAAAAUUAUAAAGUUUUCCUUAAAAAUAUGAAAGAUCUGAAUAAAGAUGCAUGCUGUGCUCUAGAUGAAAAAUUUCAAUAUUAUAAAGAUAUCUCCAUGUAGUAAGAUAUUCUAUACGUGACCAUCAAAAUCCCAAAGAAUGUUUUCAUGGGACUUGAGAAGGCGGAUGUCAAAACCUACUCUACAGCUUCAGUGCUUAAAGCAGCAUGGUACUGGCGAAUCGGCGCCCCAGUGGAACAGUUUCCAAGUGGGUGGGAUCUAGAAUAGAAGAGUAAUCUCAAAGCGGAGAGAGCUUGCUUCUUAAGAAAUGAAAUGAGAGCUACUAGCUGGUGUUUUGAAGGGUGAAUAGAGCAAUGGAUUUCAUACCACACAUCAAAAUAAAACCCAGCUAAUUUAAUAGACAAGAAGAAACAAAAGGAUUUGGAGGUAAUACCAGGGCAUGUUUUAUCAUUGGGAAGGGCAGCAUAGGCAAGACCCUGAAUUUAAGGACUUUAUUCCUUUGUUCCCUCUCAGAAGGUCGGAUUUUAACAGGUGCAGAAUCCAAUGACCCCAAGAUGAGCCAUCUGAAGAAUAUUCUCCAAGUAGGAAAGUUGACUAGUGCAUUUCAUGCACUUAGUGAGUAUUACUCUCUUCAAAGCUGCCUAAUGCAGCAAACCUUAGCUAUAUAUAAAUCAGCAUGGAAGGUUCGUUGCCUUUCCGUGGAGUUUGGGAGCUGGCACCCAAUUCAUGUCGUACUGUUAGCAUAGGCAACUAGGAGUUAACAAAAGAGAAGGGAACCCGGCUGGCAUAGCUCAGUGGUUGAGCAUUCACCUAUGAACCAGGAGGUCAUGGUUUGAUUCCCGGUCAGGGCACAUGCCCGGGCUUUGGGCUGGUUCCCCAGUGUGGGGCGUGGAGG